UACGAUACAGUUUUCUUUACAGAAACAAACCCUUACAUCCUGCAUUUCCGUUUGAUUCGGUGUUUUAGAGGUUUAAUUUAGUUUAAUUUUUCAAUUUAAUUUUCUUAAAUUUUUUGGUGAGUUCGAUCAAGUUUCGUGGUAAUAACCUUAAAAAUGCGUUACUUGUGUGCUUACCUGUUAUCUACUCUUGGUGGUAACUCUAACCCAUCUAUCAAUGAUCUCUCUGGCAUAUUAAGUGCAGUCGGUAUCGAAGUAGAUAAAGAGAGAGCCGAAAAAGUUAUCAAAGAACUUGCUGGCAAAAACCUCCAAGAAUUGAUCGCUGCAGGUUCAGCCAAGCUUGCUUCAGUGCCUUCUGGAGGCGGUGGUGGUGCCCCUGCCGCUGCUGGCUCUGGUGACAGUGGAGCUGCUAAGGGUGGCUCACCAGCUAAAGAAGCUAAAGAAGAGAAGAAAGAAGAGGAAGAAGAAGAAGAUGACGACAUGGGCUUCGGUCUUUUUGAUUAGACAAAUAUUUAAAUUUUUGAUUUAAAAUUGAAAUAAACAAACUUCUUUAUAAAAUAAAGUAAUUUAUUGCUUA